GCCUCUUGUUAGGCCACUCAAGGUCGUGGAAACGAAACGGCGAGUGACUUUGUAAAGUCAUCUCAUCGCUCAGACGUGUCAGAUAUUUGGAAUUCUGACAACACACUACCUCAUACCACUCGGGAUGUAAUAACCUGAUGGAAAGAACCAACGGAACUACUCGUAGCGUGUUGGGACUAUGCCUGUAGUUUCAUCCCCAAGAGAAUUUCGAGGUAUUUGUGUCGUUUCUCCAGAAUUUGUAGGGCAGCUUUCACAAGACUUCCAAAAAGCUGCUUACGUGCUCCUCAAAAUUGAUAGAUUGGGCAAUACUGUCGCAAUCUGAGGAUUGUGUUACGUCUGGUUGUUUUUUAUUACAUUCUUUGAUUUAUAUCUCCCUUACCUUCAAAUAAACGCCGACAACGCGUUACAGUAAAUUAAAGCACGUGAAUAGAUUUUUACAAUGCUAUCUGCGAGGGAUUUUUAUCGCUUAGAGAAACUAAGCAGUCAGGGUAAAGUUAAAAGCUCAGAAGAAGGUUUGUCGCUGACCGAAAAAUUAAUUAGAUCAUUGGAUACACUAAAUAGCCCUUGCAGUGUAAAUGGAAUUUCAAAACCCUUAACCUCUGAAACAUCAAAUCGACUAAACGAAAAAAGUAAUAUUAAGAAGAAACGAAGGCGAAGCAAGCGUAAAUUCUCGGAAAAAGAUGGGUCUUGUGCAACAGGUGUUGGCUGUUCUAGAACUAGAGAUCCUGAAUCCAGUUUAAACACUGCAGAUGUAACUUCUGAAUCUGAUCAGGAAUUUCAAAAUUUACAUGCAAAGAAACAAAAGUGUGAUCCUAAACAGGGACUACGCAGUAAUACGAUUGCUGAAAAAGAUUGUAUACAAUCUCCCAAAAACGAUGUUUUGAAUGCCUCAUUCCGCUCUGAGACUUUGUCAGUAUCUUCGAAACAGAUUACCAGUAGCCUAAAUCCUUUGAAACAAGGUGAACAGUUACUCAAAGAAAUAUUGGAGCCCGUUGCGUUAGAAGAAUUUUUCAGAGUAAAUUAUCAAAAAACCCCAUUACAUAUCAAACGGUCCAGUUCAAAAUGUGGUGAAUGGUUGAAUUAUUCUUUUGUGAAAAAAUUGUUGGACAAGGAAUUUCUCUUGUUUGGACAACAUGUGGAUUUAAUCGAAGACAAAACUCUGAAACAUGAAAUUGUUAACCCACCUGGCCGAGCUUUUGCUGGAACUGUAUGGGAGCAUUAUUCUCAAGGAAAAGGAUUACGUUUUCACAACCUUGAGGCAUUCUCCAGACGUCUCCGCUUUCGUGUAGGUCUUCUGCAAGAGUAUUUCGGUUGUAAUUUUACCGUUACUGCUUACUUGCUAUCGUCGAAAUCAACUGAAUUAUCUUUCAGUCAGUUGGACCACGAUUUGUUCAUUUUGCAGCAAGAAGGUUCACAAAAUUUUCAAAUUUCAAGUAAUAAAACAAACUUGAAAGGUCCAAACAAAAGCGUUAUGUUGGUGAAGUUAAAACCUGGAGAUUUACUUUAUAUUCCUAAAGGAUUCGCUUACACUAUGUCACAUAAUAACAACAAUAAUAAUAAGCAUACACUAUAUCUUUGCAUCAGUUUUAAUCAAAAAUAUAAUUGGGGCGAUUAUCUGUCUGAAUUGUUACCAAUUAUGAUAAAGAAUGCUGUGGAUCAUGAUCCAGAAUUUGAUAAACCACUUCCUCUUAAUUCUUUCAAACACCUUGGAAUAUUUUUUAAUAAAGAUGCAGCAAAUAAACAUGCAAUUGAAUUUGAAAAAGAAUUUCGUAUGCAAACGAUACAAUUAUUAAAACGUUUAAUUAGUAAAAUUGAACAACGUCAAACAUUUCCAAUUCGAAGAUCAAAAAGUAUUUCUCAGUCGAGUCUGGGAAAACAUCAAUCUUCUUCUGCUCCUUUCUUAUUGUCAACAAUAACAAUGGAUGCAACAUCAACUGGCAAAGAAAUUAAUUCAACAAAACAACAACAACCUAAUCCAUAUGAUAAUUUGUUUAUUCAAUCCAUUGAUCCUUUGUAUUUGGCAAUUGAUCAAAUGAUGUUGAAAAUAAUGAAAGAAAGUUGUGCACCCGAGUUGAGUGAAGAUGAACUAAUACGUUCUAUUUUCAAACAAGGAAAUGACAAAUCGAAUCAAUUAACUGUUCAUAGUAAAAUUCGUUUGAUUCGUUCAACAGCGAUUCGAUUAAUGUUGACUUAUUUUGAAAAUAAAGAAUCUGAUACUGUCGUUGAUCAUAAUACUUCCAAUAGACAACAUUCUAUGAUUCCUUCAUUCAUGGUAUAUCAUUCUUUAAAUAAUCAAGGCAAUACUACUGAUAGUAAUACAAAUGUGGGAAUUGGUUUUCAUAAGAAAUUUCUUAUCGCACUCAGCCAUCUCAUACGUAAAUAUCCUGUGUUCAUCCCUGUUAGUGGUUUGCCAUUGGAAAAACAUACAGAUUGUGUAAGUUUAAUUUGCUUGUACAAGUGUUAGUAGUAGUAAUUGUUGGUAUUUUAUAUUAAAUAACAUUUAUAAAAUGAUAAUCAUUAAUCUGAUUUGAGUUUAAUUACAUAAAACUGUGUUUACUGGAAUAAACUAUUCAUUGUACUAUACAUUAUAAUUAUAAAAUUUAAAUUCAUACGUAUUUUCUGUUCAAGAUUACAGUUUCACUCAUAAAGGUUGGAGGAAGUCCAUUGGCACUUUUCAACAAAUGUUUUAUUAGCUCAUACAGACACAUAUAUCCGGGGUGAGAUUUAUCAUAGAACCCCUGGCACCGAGUGCUUCUAUCAAGGCAAGGACAUGGAAGCCACUAUUAUUUGAUGAACAUACGUUACAUGCACACCAGAAAUACACAAUUUUGGAAUUCAUUCACUCCUUAGCCUACACAUAAGUAUAGAUUCUAUUGUAUAUAUGUAAGGAUUUAUUAUGUACAUUUGGUUUCUAGUGGAAGUAUGUAUUAUACGCACAGUAAAAACUGAUCAAAUUAAUCUAUGCAUCUGAAGUAUACAUAUAGGUAUAAAUGUGUUCAACUUAAGAUAAUGUAAUCGGUUUUUACGAUAGAGUAGUGGAUUGAUUCCUUAUAUUUUCUAAUGAGGCACAGCUAUACUAUCCCAAAAGCAUAAUUAAGUUAGGGUUGGAUAAUUAAUUAUUUCCAUCGACUUUAACUGUAUAAAACUUUUCAAUGGGAUGAAUUAUCCAUUAUAAUAUAAAUUUGGAGUAAUACAUAUAUUCUGUUCAAGGUAUCACGUUGCUUCCAACUGACCGGUUGUGUUCUUAUGAUAUAGCUUUCAAUGUACAUAUUACUAUAGUGUGUAAAGAUAGGGAGGUCAAAGGAAGUUAUAUAAGUGGUGUGUACUACAUUGUUAUACAAGCAAAUUUAACAAAUCUUGUAGAAACGUUUGUCUUCAUACGUUUUACAUCAACAAUGAAAUGAUAUGUACUGGGAGAUGGCUUUUUUUAUUACUAACAUUGAUACUUUGUAAACAAACAGUCAUUAAGAUCUGAUAAUACUGUUCGGAUCACAUUGUUCAGUGCAGUCUUUUGGUAGCGCUGAACAACAAUGCAGGGAUGUUUAUAAUGCGUUUAUCCCCCUCUAAAUGCAAGUUGUCGCUCCAGGACUGGUCUACGUCAACACCUGAACUAAGCUAAGGGAGUGAAGUAGUCGAACGUUUUGACAACUUCACUUGUUUUGGAAGUCUGAUCAGCCGUAAUCGGUUAGUGUCUGACGAAAUCUCAGCACGGAUUCGAGAAGCUCGUUUAGUUUUUGCUAACUUACGUCAUCUAUGACGAAGGCGAGAUAUCCGUCUAUCAAUUAAGGGACGAGCAUAUUGCGUGUCAGUUAUUGACAAUUAUCUUAUGUAGUAACGUUUAUUAACUUUUUGUGUAUUAUCCUUUUCUUCUUUUUUGCUAUUAACAAGUUGAAUGUAGCAAUUACAUUUUACAAAUUAGGAUUUAUUAUUACAGAACAUAAAAUACAUCAAAUUAAUAAUGAUGCUGAUGAAAAUACAACCAUCGGAGAAUCUAUAGUAGAUAAUGUCAAUGUAUCUAAAUCUGAAAUGGGUAAAAUACUGAAACAUCCCUCAUCAUUAGCCAAGAAUAUUAAAAGUAAAAGAAUAAACUGUGAAUUGAUCAGUUUAGAGGAAGUUCAAGAUAACCAGUAUCCCAUUGAUGUUAAUGAUGAAGACAACUUAACUGAUGAUGAUGACGACGACGAUUGUAUCAUAACUGAAAAUUGAGAAAAAUAUUUUUUUUUGGUGUAUAGAAGAAGCUGUACAUUUUUUAAAUGUUGUGUAUUCAAAACGAGAAGUUGAACUACGAGUAAAUCUCUUUUAUUUAUUUUUUUGUAUAUCUCAUUAAGGAAUAAAUAUUGUACUAUUAUGGU